AUGUUAACGCAAAAACAAACACGGGGGGAAGGGGGAUCAGAUCAGAUCGUCUUGAAAGAACACGACGCCAAACAACAUGCAAACAGAAAGGUUCUUCUUUUCCUUUUCUCCUUUGGUUUGUUCUCGCCGCUACCCAUGAAGUCAGACUUGGCAGGAUCAAUCUGUCUACAUGUUCAAGAAGCAUCUCCUGAGCUUGCCCGGAGUGGAGCAGUGAAUAGAAGCUACCACUGGGUAUCACCGUUUUCGUAUCUGACACUCAGCAUGCGAAGCAUGGGCUUUUUGUCCCCACCUGGAGCCCUGCUGUUCUAUGAAACCUGUGACCAGCGGGGGGGACCAUUAAGGGAGCUCUCAGCAUCGGUGGCACCGAAGGGGUGGCCACAGGUGGCCACCCUUCGUUCGAAAGGAACAGCAAGAUCAGAGGUGGUUGCUCGGGUUGGGCACAUGGGUUGA